AUGUACAAGGCCGUGAUGCGCAACUAUGGCCCCCUGCCCUGGGAUCGCGUGGACGGACAGACAAGUUGGCUGGACCCGGCGAACCAAACUUGGGAGGAGCUGGGUCUGGACAGCCAAGAGGGCGCGACCGUCCUGGCUGUUGCAGGAUCGAGGGGUGCCCAGACCUCAGCAGUGCAGCAAGUGCUUGGAACAGAGCAUUACUCACUCACUCACGGCACUCUGACAAGUCCUCACGUCAUGGCCGAGCAGGUGGCCGAUUAG